AUGGAGACAGGAAAUGAGACACUGAACACAGACUUCAUUCUCCUGGGCCUUUUCCCUGGAAUGAGAAAUGUCAGCAUCCUUGUCUCUAUUAUCCUCUUGAUUUAUACCAUUGCCAUAACAGGAAAUGUCACCCUGAUCCUCCUUAUCUGGAUAGAUCUGCACCUCCACACUUCCAUGUAUUUUCUACUUAGCCAACUCUCUCUCAUUGACCUAGCUUUCAUCUCUAGCACAGUUCCCAAAAUGGUGGUCAACUUUUUCUCAGGGAAUAGGAAAAUCUCCUUUAUUGGCUGUGGGACCCAGAUUUUCUUUACCUUGACGUUGGGUAUUGCUGAGUGCAUCCUCCUGACCCUCAUGGCUUAUGAUCGCUAUGUGGCCAUCUGUCACCCUCUAAAAUAUCCAAUAAUUAUAAGCCACCGAGUCUCCCAGCAGAUGGCCAUUGGAUCCUGGCUGGGAGGGGCCCUGGCAUCCUUGGUCCACACAUCCUACUCCAUGCACUUUCCCCUCUGUGGCCCUCGAAAUCUCCACCAUUUCUUCUGUGAGGUAAAGGCCAUCUUGAAGCUAUCCUGUGAGGAUAUCUCUGCCUAUGAAAAAGGGGUGGUAGUAACAAGCAUUGUUGUGGUUCUUCUACCGGUAAGCCUCAUUUUGACCUCCUACACACUUAUUAUCCUUGAAGUCCUGCGAAUGAACUCACCUGAGGGGAAGAACAAAGCUCUGGCCACCUGCUCUUCCCAUUUGACUGUGGUUACCUUUUACUAUGGGCCAGCUAUGUUGAUAUACAUGAGGCCUGGGUCCUCUAACACCCCCAUUCUGAACCAGGCCCUCUUUGUGUUUGACACCAUCCUCACCCCCAUGCUGAACCCCCUCAUCUAUAGUCUGAGAAACAAGGAAGUGUUAGGUGCACUGAGGAAGGUAUUGAGAAAGUGUCUCUUGUCAAAGUAG